UUAACCAAAACUACACAAAAUUAGCAUAGAAACACUUUCAUUCUUUGAUUUUAACCGACUUAUUUGAAAGGUGUUGGGUCUUUUGUGGAUCUCAGGCUUAAAAGUUUCGAGUGACAGUUGUUUUUAUUGUUUCGCUGCCAGUGAAACUGUUUUGUAACACCUCAGGUGCUGUUCGCUAAAGGCUGCUGGGGGCGCUGUAACUUUCCGAGGGCACGUCAGUUCAGAGCCCCAGUCGCAUUUAAAGGGUAAUGGCACGAAGCUCCAGCUAGUAAGAAGAGCCAAGUUCUUCUGCCAUAAUGACGCCAACGGUGAAGAAGUCGUCUUCUCAGGAAACAGGUCACUUAAAUAACGGCUUCAGAGAAAAAGAUGAAGGGUGUGAAAACAGCUCAGAAAAGGAGGAAGAACCUUUACUCCGAGAAAACCCCAGACGGUUCGUCAUCUUCCCAAUCCAGCAUCCGGAAAUCUGGAAGAUGUACAAGCAGGCACAGGCCUCUUUCUGGACAGUGGAGGAGGUCGAUUUAUCCAAAGACUUGGUGCACUGGGACUGUCUGAAAGCCGAGGAAAAACACUUCAUCUCCCACAUCUUGGCCUUUUUUGCAGCCAGCGACGGCAUCGUCAACGAGAACCUGGUGCAGAGGUUCAGCCAGGAGGUGCAGGUCCCGGAAGCACGCUCCUUCUACAGCUUCCAGAUCCUCAUAGAGACCGUGCACUCAGAGAUGUACAGUUUGCUCAUCAACACUUACGUCAGGGACCUGAAGGAGAGGGAUUAUUUGUUCAACGCCAUUCAAACGAUGCCUUGCGUGAAGCAGAAAGCAGACUGGGCCCUCCAGUGGAUCAACGACAGCAAAUCCACAUUUGGGGAGCGGCUUGUGGCUUUCGCAGCUGUGGAGGGCAUCUUCUUCUCAGGCUCGUUUGCUGCCAUCUAUUGGCUGAAGAAGAGAGGCCUCAUGCCGGGCCUCACCUACUCAAAUGAGCUGAUCAGCAGGGACGAGGGUCUGCACUGUAACUUUGCCUGCCUGCUGUUCAGCUACCUGGAGAAAAAGCCCUCAGAGGACAGAGUCAAAGACAUCAUCACCCAAGCUGUCUGCAUUGAGCAGGAGUUUUUGACGGACGCCUUACCAGUUAAUCUCAUUGGAAUGAACUGUUGUCUGAUGAAGCAGUACAUCGAGUUUGUGGCCGACCGGCUGCUCGCUGAUCUGGGACAAGCCAAGGUUUACAACGUGGACAACCCAUUCGACUUCAUGGAGUCCAUUUCAUUGGAGGGGAAAACAAACUUCUUUGAAAAAAGAGUGGGAGAGUAUCAGAGAUUUGGAGUGAUGUCCAGCACGAUGGACUGUGAAUUCACUCUGGACGCAGACUUUUGAAACUGAAUGGGCACUUUUUUUAAAUGCAUCUGUUACAUUGGGUCAACUUAUUUAUUUUUGUUUGGGUAUGGAGUUUCUCUAUUGUAAAAAAUCAAGUUGCAGCAUAUAUUUUGACGACCUUUACCAGUACAUGAAAUAUAUCAAAUUAACUGGAGCAAAUAUUCACCUGAUUACAGCAAAUAAUUCUAAUCUGUACUUUAAACUUUGCAGAUUCAUAACACUGCAUCAAAAUACUGGGUUUCUGGUUUACUGUAAUCUAAGGGGAGCAAGAGGGGACAUUUUAAAGGUGGCUUUAAUCAAGAAUACAUUCAGUUGACUGGUUUCUGGACGGUUUAGUUUAAUAUUUGUAUUUAUACUUUUAAAAAUGUAAUAAAUAAUUUUGUAAAAAUUAUUUGGUUGUU